AUGUCAAGUUCUGGAAAAAGUGAAGAACCAAAACCAUUAUUAACAUGUUUAGAAACGAUGAAGCGAAAAUCCCACACCUAUGAUAACCUUCCACCCCAAAUGUGCACAUCAACCCUUGUCCAAAAAAUCGACGCGCCAAUAGCUCUAGUGUGGUCCGUACUAUGCCGUUUCGACAACCCGCAAGCGUACAAGCAAUUCAUCAAGAGCUGCACCCUCACGGCCGGGGACGGCGGUCCGGGAAGCGUCCGGGAGGUGGCCAUGGUGUCGGGUUUGCCGUCGAAAAGGAGCGUCGAAAGACUCGAGGAAAUCGACGGCGACUCGCACAUCAUAGUGUUUAGUGUUAUCGGGGGUGAUCAAAGGCUUGAGAAUUUCCGAUCCACCACCACUUUGCAUGAGGAUCACGAUGAUCGGAAUAAUCCGACGGUGGUGAUGGAAUCGUAUGUUGUGGAUGUUCCAUGGGAUAGUAAUCCCACCGAUACGUGCGACGUGGUUGAUUUUGUUAUAAAGACUAAUCUUACGAAUUUGGCUCGAAUCGUCGAGAAGAUGGCGGCCGUUGAUCCAAAAGGCGACGGAAGUUUUAGUACUGUCUACUUAGCAACAGAAACUAGUUGUUUCUCCUCGUCGUCGAUAUCUCCGGUAACCUUGGCGGUGAAGGCGGUGCAGUUGAAAUUUUCCGACAGUUUGAAGAGGGAAAGCCGAAUCUUGCAUAAACUCAAAGGAAAUCCCUAUGUCGUCGAGUGUUACGGCGUCGACAUUAGUUCCGAAGGCAGCGACGGGCCAAUGUACAACCUUCUCAUGGAACUCGCCAAUGGUUCGCUCACUAAUUUGAUCAAGCUGUACAAAGGAAACUUGCCGGAGUUCGAUGUGGCAUAUUACACAUUCAUGCUUCUCAAGGGGCUUUCUUUCAUACACCAACAAGGCGUAAUUCAUUGCGACGUUAAACCGGACAAUGUUCUCGUGUUUAAUGAUGAGGAGGGCCGUUCUCGCUUUCUCAAACUCGCCGACUUUGGGUUGAGCAAGUCUAACUCCGAUGUGCCCAUAAACGGUUUCCGGGGAACGCCGCAUUACGCAGCGCCGGAAUCAGUUGAACAAGAAAUUCAGGAUACUCCGGCCGAUAUAUGGUCAUUGGGAUGUACGGUUAUUCAGAUGAUGAAUGGUGGGAAUCCGAUUUGGAAGGAUCGGAAUCGGUGGGAGUUAGAGAAUAUUCCAGAUCACAUCUCUCCAAUUGGGAAAGAUUUUUUGAUGAGGUGUUUGGCGUUUGAUCCAAAUUCAAGAUGGACGGCUGACGAACUUCUGAACCAUCCAUUUAUUCAAGACAACCUUAGAGAAUCCAUUCCAGCUUUAGAGUUUAUGCAGAGUGAAUUCUGCAACAAUAACCCCUUAUCUGGUUCAUGGAGUAUGACAAGGGGUCUCUUUUCGCCAAUGCAAGGAAUUCCGAUGCCCUCUAAUCAUCAGUCAUGUCAUCAAGUUUCUACAAGGAUUCCUGCGCAAGUCAAUUGA